GAUUAUCGCCAUGGAAACGGCGUCACCUAGGUUACCGAAUAACAACAUGGCCACCGAGGAAUCUCGAGUCGCAGAUCCGCCUAGAACUUCUGACUUUUACAGGACAAAGAAUAUACCAGAGAGAUUCGAUAGACCAGAUUUGAUAAAAGGCUACAACACAGUCCCACAGAACCCAAUGUACAGGACUAGCUCAGUGACAUAUGGUUCACAGCCACCAAGUGUUCAUACAAUGCCUACACAGUACUACGGUAAAUCACAAGCAUUUACAAAGCACCUUGGAGCAUUCGGAAUGUUCCGGAAUCAUUCACUGAACACAGCAAAGGACAGAAGCAAAGUAUAACUGGCUACACACACAUGAACGACACUGACAUGAAACAACAUUAUUUUAUUAUUAUAUUAUUAUUAUUAUUAUUAUUAUUAUUAUUAUUAUUAUUAUUAUGAUUAUUAAUUCUAUACCAGCAUGGAUUAAAAAUA